CGGGGGGCGGGGGGCGCGGGGGGCGGCGGGCCGGGGCGCGGGCGGGAGGAAGUGGGAGAGACAGAGCGCGCGGCGCGCGGCGGGGAGACGUCGGGCUGCUCGCCGGGGUCCCGGGGCGGGCCGGGCGGCGGUUGCGCAAGGCGCGGGCGGGCGGCGAGGGCCGGGCCGGGCCGGGGCCGGGGAGGGAUGCGCCGGGCGGUGCCCGCGGGCCGCCGCCGCCGCCGCCGCGCGCUGCAGCCGGCCCGGGCGCGGAGCUGAGCAUCGGCCGCGCUGGCUCGGAGCGGGCCCGGCUGCAGCGGCGCGGCCGGCGGGCUUGGGCGCUCCCCGGGCUUCUGGGCCGACCCCGCCGCGCCCCCGGCCGCCGCCGGCCCCGCGCGCCGCUCCCCGAUGAGCAGCGAGGCCGGCCCCCCGCCGCCGCCGCCGCCGCCGCGCCCCCCGCCGGCCCCGCCGGCCCCGCCGGCCCCCGGCGCGCUGCAGGCCGCGCUCAUGAGCCCGCCGCCCCCGCCGCCGCCGCCGCCGGGCGCCGCGCUGGACCCCGCGUCGAGCGCCGCGUCCGCCCCGUCCGCGCCGGGCGCGCCGUCGGCCGGCGCCAAGGGCGCGGGCGCCAAGAAGGCGAGCUCGGGGCUGCGGCGGCCCGAGAAGCCCCCCUACUCGUACAUCGCGCUGAUCGUGAUGGCCAUCCAGAGCUCGCCCAGCAAGCGCCUGACCCUCAGCGAGAUCUACCAGUUCCUGCAGGCGCGCUUCCCCUUCUUCCGCGGCGCCUACCAGGGCUGGAAGAACUCGGUGCGCCACAACCUGUCGCUCAACGAGUGCUUCAUCAAGCUGCCCAAGGGGCUGGGCCGGCCCGGCAAGGGCCACUACUGGACCAUCGACCCGGCCAGCGAGUUCAUGUUCGAGGAGGGCUCGUUCCGCCGCCGGCCGCGCGGCUUCCGACGGAAGUGCCAGGCGCUCAAGCCCAUGUACCACCGCGUGGUGGGCGGCCUGGGCUUCGGCGCGUCGCUGCUGCCCCCGCAGGCCUUCGAGUUCCAGGCGCCGCCGUCCGCGCCGCUGGCCUGCCACGGCCAGGCGGGCUACGGCGGCCUCGACAUGCUGCCGGCCGCCUACGACGCGGGCGCGGGCACGCCGGCCCACGCGCACCCGCACCACCACCACCACGUCCCGCACAUGUCGCCCAACCCCGGCUCCACCUACAUGGCCAGCUGCCCCGUGCCCGCGGGGCCGGGGGCCGUGGGCGCGGCCGCCGGGGGCGCGGGGGGCGCGCAGGGCGGCGGCGGCGGCGGCGGCGGCGCGGGGGACUUCGGCCCCGACAGCAGCAGCAGCCCGGUGCCCUCGUCCCCGGCCGUGGCGAGCGCGCUCGAGUGCCACUCGCCCUACACCAGCCCCGCGGCGCACUGGAGCUCGCCCGGCGCCUCGCCUUACCUCAAGCAGCCGUCCGCGCUCACGCCGGGCAGCACCCCGGGGGCCCCGGGCAGCCUGCACGCCAGCCUCCCCGCCUACUCGCUGGAGCAGACCUACCUGCACCAGAACGCCCGCGAGGACCUCUCAGUGGGGCUGCCCCGCUACCAGCAUCACUCCGGCCCCGUGUGCGACAGGAAAGACUUCGUCCUCAACUUCAACGGCAUUUCGUCCUUCCACCCCUCGGCCGGCGGGCCCUACUACCACCACCACCACCAGAGCGCCUGCCAGGACGUGAAGCCCUGCGUGAUGUGAAC